CGCUUCACCUGAACUGGACCGGAGCGAAGAAAUUGUCUGCAAGGGACGCACCCUCAAGUUUCUAGACCAAAAACAAAAUGGCACAGCCUCCAGAGUUUCAGCCUCCGACCUUGACCGAACUUGGCGACCUCUCCACGCAGCCCGUAGCCGGGCCGUUCACACAUAAGCGGUCGUCGUAUCCUCCUCGGCCGGGCCCCCGGAAGUCUGAGCACCUCGCGUUAACUUGCCCUUAGCCUAUUGAUCUGUCCAAGAUCCGACCGCAAUUGCUCUGACCCUCUCGCCAGCUUUGCCGUGCUUGCGUUGGCGGACUGGCGAAUUGGCGUUACAAGGGCCAUGUUUCUAAUCUGGCCAAGGGAAAGUUUCCUGAAAUCGCCUCGCGUUUCCCUAAAGGCCCUUCUCCACGUCCGAUCAUUCACGGCUACGCAUCCCCAGAGUUGCGUCCCGACGCGCCCUCCCUCAGACGUGCCCGCCGUCAUGGACCAUAUCUAAUUGACCUCUCUGCUUUGUUUUCUUUUUUUGCGUUCAAUUUUCCUCUGGCAGACCAUUGCUCAGUAGCAAUACCCUCAUAUUCAACUGGCCGAGUUGCAGUGUCAUUCGUUCUUGUUUUUGUUCUUUCUUAUAUACCUUUUCCGAGCUAUGGCGUUGACUGUGAAGCAGCUCAAUGCGGAUGCUUCCUUCCUCCUCACCUUUGAGCCCAUUGUGCCCGAGUCACUUCCUGGCAUUGCUCCAAGGCCGUUUAGAAUUUUGAUGGAUCCGUGGAUCACGGGGCCUUCCACCAUAUUUCACUCGAUCCUGUCAACCGCAACACACAAGGAGUGCCCAUGCGUAUGCUCCCUACAGCAUCUCCCGGAGCCCGACCUCGUCAUCAUUAGCCAGCACAAGAGCGACCACUGUAAUGAGGCAACGCUCCGCCAGCUCCCGGCCAGCGGCACGAGGACGCUGAUAUUGGCGGAGCCAGCGGCGGCCAAGGUGAUUCGGAGCUGGAAGUACUUCGACAAGGAUAAGGUCUUUGCGAUUCCGCGGUGGGAGGAUCCGCAGGCCACGGGGAAGCAGACAGUUAUCCGAGUGAAGGUGCCUCCAUUCUUCCCGGGCGGCGAGCCGGGCGAGGUCACAGUCGCUUUCAUCCCGCAACGGAAGGACUUUAAGGGCUUGCACGCCGCCAUCGGCAUCACGUACCGCCCGCCGCCGACGUGGCCGCGGUUCCCGCACCUCAUGACGCCCCCGAGAACACCAGUCUCGCUACGGACCGCGGCCAGCGCCUCGUCCCUCCGGUUGGGAUCUGGAUCUCACCACCACCACCACCAAAAGACAAAGAACUCGUCCGCCUACCUCAGCCUGCCGACGCCGCCCGAGACACCGCCCAGCAGCCGGUCCUUACGCUCCGUCCGGUCCGCCGCGUCCAUCACCCCGGACACCCGCGACCGACGAGCCGUCUCGGUCAUCUUUUCGCCGCACGGCAUCUCGUACCGCUGCCUGGAGAAGUACGCCCACACGCAUCUCAAAGCCGAGGCCGCGCUGCCGCUGACGGCGCUGCUGCACUGCUUCGACACCGUGUCGAAUCCCUGGUGGCUCGGCGGUAAUAUCUCGGCGGGCAUGCCGGCGGGCCAGGAGACCGCGGCGGCGCUUGGAGCCAGGGCGUGGGUUAGCACGCACGACGGGGAUAAGGAUGUCAGGGGGUUGGUGACGAAGAUGCUGCGGACGAAGAAGUAUACCCAGAAGCAGGUCACCCAUCAUUCUUCUUCUUCUUCGGGGGAAAGAAAGCGCGGCGACAGGUUGGAUCGCGAGAGGGCUAGCGACCAGGACAAGAGGGACAAGGCCAAGGGGUGCAAGAGCACCGAUGUUCUCGUCCUCGGCGUGGGCGAGGAGGUCGCCAUGACGAGGGAAGGUGUCUGGAACGUCGAGCCCGGCGCGAGAGUUCUCUCCUCCCCUCCGCCUUUGUCUUCGUCGUCGUUGUCCGAGAGUCUGCUUGGGAACGGAAAGGGGUUAAAGGGGCGGGCGAGGGGACGGGGCUUGCCGCCGGUUGAUACCACGGCUAAAUAUGGGCCCCGUUGAUGGAAAAGACGUGACCCCGGUUUGCGGAGACCGGGGCGGAGUUGCAGGUUUUGUAUAUCCUCUCCCGGGUCAAACCCGGAUCUCUUUGUGUUUGGCCUACGGAUACUUUCUUUCAUUUGUUAUGUGAGGCAGCGAAGCGGGACACGAAAAAGGAGAUAUACCCAUCCUUUCUUUGGAAAGGAGAUACCAUCACAGGUAUAUAAUGAACAACUUAUUAAUCAGAUAUAAAUAGGAGUAGUCGGAUAAUCAAAGGAGGAUUCUGGGUCCAGCGGGAUUUCGGGUUAGACCUUUGGGGGGCAUUCUCGCCCAGGACGGCGAGGUGUCUCCUUUUGGUGCUGGGCUAAAGAAAGCCUCUGGGUUUGGGGAGGGGAGACUGAUAGCCAGCUGAGAGACACAGGAUC